AUGAAAAUAUUAUUUCAUCGAAAAGUUUUUAAAAUUUUUGUUCUUCAAUUCUUUUUAAUUUUGGUGAUAGUAAAUUUGGUCACGGCUAGUAGUGGUGGAACUGGUCGUGAAAUUGAAGAAGUUAAAGAAGAUGCUCAAGAAGAAGGAGAGUCAACAACUGAUUAUAUAAGAGAAAUGAAAGAAAAAAUGAGCGUAUUUGGCAAGGAACGAGGUCUAAAAAAGCUGAAAUAUCAAAGUAAAGCAAAAAAGUAUAUAGGAGAAGGAUCGAGAGGUAAAUCUUUAAAUAAUUAG